UGCAAGGACCAAGUUGUUACAUGAAAUCUGCAGUUUCAUAAUUUCAGCAGGUCCUGCUCUGUGUUUGUUGAAUGGCAAUGUCGACUUCAGGGACGCUCAGCAAUUAUUAUGUGGACUCUUUCAUAAUUCACGAGAGUGAAGACCUGGUGCAGUCCAGAUAUGCCUCUGCUCCACUGGCACCGCCAACGAGACAGCCAGCCCUGAGCGAGCACCCUGAAUUCACCCCAUGCAGUUUUCAGUCGAAAACUUCAGUCUUUAGCACUUCCUGGAACCCCGUUCACCCUCCGAGCGCUAAUAACGUGCCCACUGUGUACCAUCCAUAUGUGCAUCACCAGGCACCAAUGGCAGCGCCUGACGGCAGGUACAUGCGUUCGUGGCUAGAGCCUAUGCCGGGCUCAUUGUCUUUCCCUGGGUUACCUUCCAGCAGGCAUUACGGCAUUAAACCUGAACCGCUCGCGGCCAGAAGGGGUGACUGUACCACGUUUGACACUCACACGUUGUCUCUGUCUGAUUAUGCUUGUGGUUCUCCUCCAGCUGAUAGGGAUAAGCAACCCAACGAUGGUGCGUUCUCUGAAAACAAUGGAGAAAAUGAGACAAACGGAGAAAAACCACAGAUUGAUCCAAAUAAUCCAGCUGCAAAUUGGCUGCACGCAAGAUCCACCCGGAAAAAGCGCUGUCCCUACACCAAGCACCAAACGCUGGAACUGGAAAAGGAGUUUUUGUUCAAUAUGUAUCUCACUAGGGACCGUAGAUACGAAGUGGCGAGACUCCUUAAUUUAACUGAGAGACAAGUGAAAAUCUGGUUUCAAAACAGGAGGAUGAAAAUGAAGAAAAUCAACAAAGACCGAGCAAAGGAUGAAUAAUGAGGAAACACAGGUUACUUUCUUUUUUAAAGAAAAUUCUCCCUCCCCCCGCUCCAACCUCACCACAUAAUGCGACUGUGCCCAGGCCUAAUUUUUUUGUCAUGGCAAAUUCUAAUGGUUAAUGUACCUUGUAACAGUAGCAUUGAAAUAUCGGUUUGCCAGUGCUACUGCGGAGGUACCGUAAUACUUUCCAUUUUAUAAUAGGAAAGAAAAAGGGGGCAUUAGCGCGGAAGGCUGUUUGUGGGCUUGUAUAAUUCUACCUGUUCUUCACUUACAAAGAAACAAAACAAAACACAAAAAAAACUACCUUUUCAUAAUGCACAACUAUUUGCGGACUGUAGAGUUUAGACUACGUAGUUAAUUUAAUUUGCCCUUUGCGCGGCAGAGAGAGGUCUGCUGUAAUACUUGAACACUGUGUUUUAUUGUGGUAAUUAUGUUUGUGACUCAACUUAUGUGCUUGGGUGCUGUACCAGAUGUGAUUGUGAAAGCUAGAAUUCAAUUUGAACUCAGGUUGUUUAUUAUAUAAAAGUUGCAUAGAGUAUAGCUCUGUAGUGUAAGUCUUUUCUGUAUAACUAGACAGUAAACCUUUGAUUGUAAUAUCUACCUAUCCCCAACUUAUAUAUAGAGAUAUCUAUAUAUAUACCAAUUUAAACAAACAAAAUCAUAAUAAAAAAAUCCCUGGGAUAUCUAAGAAUUAUGGUUCUCAAACUAUUACCAAGCAGGUCAUUUUAGUAUGAAAAGUUGAUAUAUAUAGUACUGUCUUUGUCAGCUGUAUAUAUAAUCUAUAUAUUAAGGGAAAAGUAAAUAAUCAGACUAGCUUAAAUAUUGUUUUUGCACCAGUAAGCAGUUAUCAGAUUUCGGAGCUAUACAUAUAUGUGAAAAGGGUAACUACCUAUGGUUUACGUUUUAAUUUUAAUCAAAUAAUUUGAAGCCUAUUGUAAUGAAGUUUAAUGUUAUUGAUAAUAAAUUAUACAGUAUAAAAAGCUACAUUUGGUUAUUGUAGAUUUGUAUCGAAUAUAAAAAUCUGGGAAGUUAUGUUUAUGCAGAACAUACACUGUAUAUUUUGCAAUAGUUACCUCAUGGCCU